CAAUUCUGUACUUGCGCACGACCAUAUUUGCAACAUAUCUCAGCCUCACUUUUGUUCAGCUGAAUAUGUCUAUUCCUUCAAACACACACAUAUACACUACAGCUAGCCCACCUACUCAUGGUCUAAUCAAGCAAAGCAUUUUGUUGCCCAUCCAGGUUUCAACAUGAGUCCCACGAACCCAUUCGAAGAUUGGGACCCAGCUUUACUCGCCGCUCUCAGUGUCGCCGUAGGACGAGAACCCAUCAAACUAGCCCCAACAUGUGACCACGCACCUGUAACAUGCGUCUGGAAAUCUCAGCAAGAUCAUAGCUGCAGAAUCCAGCCAUUGAGAGAUGCAUGGCAAAAGGCGGAUCAGACCUACCCCUCGCAUGAUAAUCCGUUGGUACUAGCUCUUGACGAUGCUGGCUGUGAUCCUUAUCGCGCUCGCAUGGUGAUCAGCCAGGAGGGCUAUGGAAUGAUUCCUACGUCGUCAGACUCUCUUAUUCGCGCCUAUAGAAGAUUAGGGUACAGCAUUCGGCAUCCGGUCCUGGUAGGAACCCAGGUCUGUGAUCAGUGUCGCCCAGGGACGAACACGUUUGCUUUGCAGGGGUCGUCGUAUGAAGGAAGCUGCCAUUUUGUUCCUGUUAGCAUUGCAAGCAAUAUAGACGUUGCGGAGGAGGGAAAAGUGCUUUGUAUCGGCGCUGGAGGUGAGCUGCGCUGGUGCGGAAAGGACGAGUUCAUGGCUGUGAGCCAUGUUUGGGAACAUGGAUGGCAAGGCGAUAGUGAGAAAGGCUUGUGUAUUCGGACUUUGGAUCUGCUGCUAUUAGUGGCAAGCCUCUUCGGAUUGGAAUGGGUUUGGAUCGAUAUCGCCAUGAUCAGCCGCGAGCCUAUAUCGAGGAGCUUGGCAAUCAACUCCAUGAACUUUGUAUACACUUCUUCAAAAGUCACAGUUGUCUUUGAUAGGCUCCUUAUGUCUAUGGAUGAAGGCUCGGACCGAGAGAGGGUUAUGGCUGUGUUCCUCACGGAUUGGAUGACUAGAGUGUGGACCAUGCAGGAAGCACUUCUCUCCAAAGACUUGGUUUUCCUUUUUGGAGACAGCCACCUACAUGGCCACGAACUUAAAUGGUCAAUGAUUCAUAAUGCGCCUCUGCCAGACCUGCACUGGCAACAAUGGACAGCGAUUAGAUCCUUGUGCACAAUACUCGAGGGAAACGUCACCCCUAUGCUCGACCGUAUUUACACUCUUUCGAAGGAACGACUGACGACGAAGAAGGAGGACAUGUCUAGGGCAGUCUUCCCAUUGUUCGAACUGGAAUGGCCGGGCCGAGCGACGACUUUAGAGGAAGGGCAGGCGAAGAUACUUCAGCAUCUUGACACGAGGGCUGCUCGCCUGGCCCCUCUUCAUGGGCCGAUCAUGCCACAACCGUGGUCAUGGGCACCCCUUGUGCUUGCAGGCGCUAGCGGAUUCCUUCAGCCCCAGGGUGACGAGAGGCCUCUUUAUCCUGAUGGACUUCGAGGGCGAUGGGCUGCGUGGCGAAUUCUUAAAGUGCUUGGCAAGGCAGAUCUAGGAAGAGAUGGCUAUAGCACACAGCUUGCUCGGUUGACAGGAACGUGUUAUGAUACGGUUACAUUCCAGGUGGAGGGCGCAAGUCUAAUAUUCGGUGCGGGAGUCUUCUCUAGACCAGAGAAUACUUGCCCCUGGAGAGGACAGGAGCUGUUCCUGCUAAGGGCGCAUAAUACGGGUACGCCAAGGACGAAAGAACUAGAUUACUACGACUUAGUAGUGAAAGACUCUAGCCCUCAUUCCUCUGGUAUGGAGCUAUAUCAUCGGGUGGGGUCGGCUAUGGGAGGCUUGAAUGAUGGUACUGGAGGGCAGGGUCUUGAUGUUGGAGAUUUGUACUUGGAUGGAUACAUGAACUGAGCCAAUCUUGGCUUUUCUUUUUUCUUUGAGUUCUUUUAAUUCUAUGAUUGAUUACAUUGGCUUCUGGAAGAAACGACGGCCAAGAAAUAUUCCAAAGAAGGGAAGGAUGAGACGUAGAGUCCACUGCUGCUCCUGCGUUAGGAGAACGGGAUUGGGCGGAGACUAAUGGAAGGAAUGCGGACAUCAGCGGUUUCCUAUACGUCUUUUGUAGCAGAGGAGCCCUAUUUUUGGGUCAUGUAAAGGAUAACUGUUAUGCUUAAAUGGGGAGAGCAGACGGAAUGCGACCUCAGUUGGAGUCGGUUAUACACGAAAAUUUGAGAUUGAUGGGAUAUACUGAAUGGACUGAGCUUUGGGAUGAAUUGAAAGUUCGCACGUAAUCUUGUAUCUUCAUAAAAACGUUCGUUUUCCAUUCUCGCCUACCUAUGAUUCAUUUUGACCUAGCAGUAGAUUUCAGGAGUAAGUGAAGAGGC